AUGUCGACAGCCAUCUUGGAUUUUAAUGUGGAGCCAGAGAGAGUCGAGGAGUUCCAGUGGCCUCAGCGUAGCCAGACUCUGGCCCAGCUACCUGCAGAGAAGCUGCCACCAAAGAAGAAAAGACUCCGCUUAGCAGAAGCUUCUCAGUCCUCUGGGGAGUCUAGCUUUGAAUCUUUGUCUCUGCCUCGCAGCCCCAGUCAAGAAAGCAACAUUUCAAGCCUUUCAACUUCUUUUGAGGACACAGUCCGACCCGAACUGGCUGUGUGGGCCUCAGACAGCCAAAGCUCUCAGAUGUUGACAGUACCAUCUGUUUCUCACCAACACCACCAAGGCCACAAGGAGAUGAGGCGUUCUGCCUCAGAGCAGGCCCCAGCUAGCCCACAGCAAACAGAACAGAACUCAGAGAUUAGAAGUAAGUCCUUUGAUUAUGGAUCCUUGUCAUCUCAGCAGUCCACAUCCUCUUGGAAAGAAAGAAGAAAAUUUCUUCUUGUAAAGCAAGCCACUUUAGGUGAACCCGAGCAGGAGAUUGGGGGAACUAUUUGUCAGUUAUCCAGAACUGAAUGUCCAAAACCAGGUCCUUCACACUCUGACCAUCUUUCACUCUACUCUACUGAAGCAAGCUCCUACUUGUACCCUGAAGCUCCAGGAAAGGCCUUGCAGCUAUUACAACCACACAUCUUUCCACCCUCCCAAGACAUGCUCCCUUUGCAGCCCAGCGGACAGCACACUUUCCCAAGAGAAUCAAUAUCGCAGCUGCUCCCUGUCACAUCAGCCAUACCUGAAGUACUGUCCACCCAAAUUAUCCACAGAACUUUCUUACAUUCACACACAGGCUCUCCCCCUGUUCAUACAUAUCCAACUCAGAUCCACAUGCCAGAACAGUUGAGAAUACCACUGCAUCAGCUCCCACCCUUAGUUCCUCUCCCAAUCUCUAGGACUAGAGUAAGCAAUGCCCUGUAUUUUCCUGUACCUUCCAGGCUUACCACAUAUGUUCCUUCCCAAUCUAACACAAGGAACAGACUGCCUGUUUCUUCCAUGCCCUCUUCCCUUAGGCAACAGUCCCUUGUAACCAUCUCAUACCAACAACAACAGCCAGUCAUUGCCACAUGCUUGGCACAGCUUACUCCAGUAGUGUCCCUUGUAGUACCAGUGCGCCUCCAGACUCAUAGACCUACCUUUGCCAGUGCCAUGUACACCACCCUGUCCCAGAUUUUGGCUUCCACACACUCACAGGAGUCAACCUCUUGCACAGCUAUGAUCAUCAUGAGCCAAUCGGCCAUGGGACAGGAAAAGCUGCAUGGAAAUUACCUGAAGGUCCCUUCAACAGACAUCAAGAGCCUUCUUCCACUGUCUAUGCCAAAGGAACUAGCCUCAGGUCCUGAGGAGGGAUAUGGACCACUGGGGCCAGGAGGUAGCAAACGCAUGCUUUCUCCUGCGGCCAGUCUGGAGCUCAGUACUGAGGCUCAGCGUCACCAGAAAAGGGUCAAAGAAGAGGAAGAGGAGGAGCAAUAUAAGAGAGGAGAGGAAGUGGAUGUAAAGCCAAAGGUAAUACAAAAAGAAGAAAGUAAAGCCAGUGAGAAAACACUAGAAGUAAGAGAGAAGAAUCAACCAGACAGGGUAGAUGUGGCAUCUUUAAAAUUAGGAGACCAAAGCAAAAAUGACAAAGAAAAGGAGGGAGAUAAGAAAUCAAAUGAAAUGACAGGUCAUACAAAGAAAGAGGUGUCUACUGCAGAUGUGGGUGUUGCAAGGCCAAGCACGUCUACAUACCCCAGCCUUCGCACCUCCACCUCAGUCAACUGGUGCUACCUUAAUUAUGUUAAGCCCAACCCAUCUGCUCACGAAGAUCCUCAUAACUCUGUUUAUUCCACGUGGAGCAUCAGUGCUCACAACCCCAACUUGCCAGGCCUCAGCACUAAGGUGGCCCUCUCUCUACUGUGCUCUAAACAAAAGCACAGCUCUGAGACAUACACCAUGGCCUCUGCCCCAACACCCGCCAGAGAGAAACAGGCCCUUGCAACUACAGGGACACCACAUAUAUCAGAGGUACAUGCCACCCCACCCAGCACCCCUCCUGAAGUAAAGGACGAGGAUAAGCAUGAUAAGGAGGAACCAAAAGAUGUUGGAGAAGAGGAAGGUCCUUCCACCUCCAAACAAGGCGAGCCUCCUCGAGUUCGUAUCUUCGAAGGAGGGUUCAAGUCCAAUGAAGAGUACAUCUACGUGAGAGGCCGUGGCCGGGGGAAGUACAUUUGUGAAGAAUGUGGCAUUCGCUGCAAGAAGCCUAGCAUGUUGAAAAAGCACAUCAGGACGCACACCGAUGUUCGUCCAUAUACCUGUAAACACUGCAACUUUGCCUUCAAAACCAAAGGAAACCUUACAAAACACAUGAAGUCAAAGGCUCAUGGGAAAAAAUGCCAGGCGGUGGGACUAUCGGAGUCAUCGCUGGACGAGCCAGAGAGUGAGGAAACAGGUACCUCAGAGGACGGGAAUGCAGCUCACACGUUUCCCUUCCGCCCUGCAGAGCCAUCGGUGCGCAGCUGUGUGAAGUUCAGCAUGUAA